ACCCUCUCCCCCUACAACAAGGGCCUCAUCCGACGAGCCAUCAGCCAGAGUGGUGUGGCACUGAGCCCCUGGGUCAUCCAGAAGAACCCACUCUUCUGGGCCAGAAAGGUUGCCGAGAAGGUGGGCUGCCCCGUGGAUGACACCGCCAGGAUGGCCAGGUGUCUGAAGGUGACCGACCCCCGUGCCCUGACGCUGGCCUAUAAGAUGCCCCUGGCAGGCAUGGAGUACCCCAUGCUGCACUACCUGGGCUUCAUCCCUGUCAUCGAUGGAGACUUCAUCCCUGAUGACCCUGUCAACCUGUACGCCAAUGCUGCUGACAUCGACUACAUAGCAGGCACCAACAACAUGGACGGCCACAUAUUUGCCACCAUCGACAUGCCGGCCAUCGACAGGACCAACAAGGUUGUCACAGAGGAGGACUUCUACAAGCUAGUCAAAGGGCUCACCAUCACGAAGGGGCUCAGAGGCGCCAACGCCACCUUUGACGUCUACACCAAGCCCUGGGCCCAGGACCCAUCGGAGGAGAAGAAGAAGAAGACCGUGGUGGACUUUGAGACUGACGUCCUCUUCCUGGUGCCCACGGAGAUCGCCCUGGCCCAGCACAGAGCCAACGCCAAGGGUGCCAAGACCUACAGCUACCUGUUUGCCCAUCCCUCUCGGAUGCCCGUCUACCCCAAGUGGGUGGGUGCCGACCACACCGACGACAUCCAGUACGUCUUCGGGAAGCCCUUCUCCACCCCCCUGGGCUACCGGCUCCAAGACAGGACUGUCUCCAAGGCCAUGAUCGCCUACUGGACCAACUUCGCCAGAACUGGGGACCCCAACAUGGGCCACUCGGCCGUGCCCACCCACUGGGAUCCCUACACCGCAGAGAACGGUGACUACUUGGAGAUCACCAAGAAGAUGGAUGACAGCUCCAUGAAGCACCACCUGAGGACCGGCUACCUGCAGUACUGGACCCUGACCUACCAGGCGCUGCCCACGGUGGCCGGCCAGGAGGCCACCCCUGUGCCCCCCUUGGGCAACUUGGAGGCCACCCCUGCACCCCCCUGGGGCGACUCAGAGGCCACCCCCAGACCCCCCACUGGUAACUUGGAGGCCACCUCUGUGCCCCCAGAGGGUGACUCGGAGGCCACCCCUGCACCUGCAGAGGAUGACUUGGAGGCCACCCCUGUGUCCCCAGAGGGCGACUGA